AAGUGCUCAAGGCCAUAGGUUGCAAACCUCUGUCAUUGGACCGUGGUUUCCCGUGCAAUGCCGGUGCCAGAGCCUGACGUGGAAGUGCCUGCGGGUGACACCAAGAAGGGUGCAAAGCUCUUCAAGUCCAAGUGUGCUCAGUGCCACACAAUCGAGCAAGGUGGCAACGUCAAGCAGGGCCCUCCGCUCUGGGGCCUCAUUGGUCGCACUUCCGGCACUUGUGAUGGGUUUGCGUACUCGGAAGCGAACAAGAAUGCUGCCAUCUUGUGGUCGGACAAGCACUUGUUCGAGUAUCUGCUGAACCCGAAGAAGUACAUUCCUGGAACCAAGAUGGUCUUUGCAGGCAUCAAGAAGGAGAAGGAGCGAGCGGACCUGAUCGCUUACAUGAACGAGAUGAAGUGAAAGUCCGCCAAUUUGGUUUUUCCGCCUGCCCAACAGGCAGAGCGCAUUGAUUGGCAUGUCUGCAUGCAUCAAACUGCUGCUGGAUGGAGGCGCAA